CGAGGAGUAGACGAAUGGAUGAGCCGAAAUCGAGUGCAAAAGGCAGGUCCUAUUCUAAACAGCGUAGAAGCGAGUAUCGUGAUGCGAUUUGGUUUAAUGUAUGUUAAUUGGAUUUUAUUCGUAUAGUUUUCGGUUACCCAAUCCACUGAAAGGCAAUCAUUACUGUUACUUCUUGUCAUUGAAGUGGAUGGAUUGCAUGAUUUUUUCUGCCGUUCACUAGACGCUCUUUUUUUGUCGAUUGGCCGCUUCUUCCAUCUGGCGUGCCACUCGGGCCCUCAUUUGCUUCUUGGUUUCGUUCUUCUUUUUCAAGGGUGGUGCUUUUAAAAAUGGUGCGGUUUGGUUCGCCUCUUCUUCCAUUUGUCGUGCGACUCGUUUCCUUAUUUGCACUCGUGUCUCGGGAGCUUUCCUACUUUUGCUCCUACUCUUGUGAUGUAUUACUGCAAUGUUUUUAGGGUAGUUCGGGACAGAGGUUACUGUGUUGGAAUGAGAUAACAGUUUGUUCAUGCGCUUGAUGUAGUCCUCCUCGUUCCAGUCGUCGUCCUUCUUGUCUUCUUUUUCUUGAGAUUGAUAGCAGAGCUUCACAUAGGGGCUAUUUGUACUGGCGCUGCUAUCAAUGGAACUGCUUGCUUUUAUUUUCAAGGGCUCUGUAUUGUCGCCAACCACCGAGGCAAGUGACGAACAAAUAAUCCUUAACCAGAACAAGCCGAACAUUAUGGAAGCAAUACCCACUAACUUAAUGGAUCGCUUUAUAAUCCCAAUGGACCAAUUGAGAAUAGCGCUACAUCUGCCGAUGCUUCUGUCGCCCUUGCCGCUGCCGUCGCUGUAUUUGUUGUGGUCCACUGUGGAUUCCUGAAAUACGAUAAAGGUGGUGAUGCUGCUGCAUCUGCUGCCUCUCAUCUUGCUAUUCAUUCAGUUGGUUAUGCACUGAAUCGAUCGGUCUCUAUUGAACCAAAAAUCUUUCCGCUGUUUUGUGAUGGCUGCUGAAGAAUGACAAUAUUCACAGUAUGACGAGUACGUACUCAUCCAAAGUCCGUUACGUUCAAUUUUUCUCAGCGAGAGCCGAACCCGCUGGCAAUUGGUUGGCAUGUCAUUUGUUCAACUCAUCGAUUACUACUGUAUUUGAAAUAUUACAGUAACAAACGGAAUUUCAUUCG